AACUAAAACACCUUUGGAAGAUGGUAAUAAUUAGGUCUUGCUGGUUGUUGGCGUCAUUUACUUGGGAGGGAGAGUGUGAGUAUGAAGGUACUGGUGACCGGUGCAUCCGGUUAUUUAGGAGGGAGGCUUUGUCAUGCCUUGCUCAGACACGGCCACGUUGUCCGGGCGUUUGUCCGGCGAUCUAGCGACCUCUCCUGCCUUCCUCCGGUUGGUGGCGGAGACGAUGGAGCUCUGGAGCUUGCUUAUGGAGAUGUGACCGAGUACCGAGCCGUCUUGGCCGCCUGCGACGGCUGUCAAGUCGUCUUCCAUGUCGCCGCCCUAGUCGAGCCUUGGCUUCCCGAUCCUUCCAGAUUUUUAUCAGUUAAUGUUGGAGGUUUAAAGAAUGUGCUGCAAGCGGUUAAAGAGACGAAGACAGUAGAGAAGCUAAUAUAUACCUCGUCAUUCUUUGCUCUUGGAUCGACCGACGGAUAUGUGGCAGAUGAGAGUCAAAUCCAUCCUGAGAAGUUUUUCUGCACGGAGUAUGAGAGGUCAAAGGUAGUGGCAGAUAAGAUUGCUCUUCAAGCUGCAGUAGAGGGGUCACCAAUAGUCGUGGUUUAUCCGGGAGUUAUAUAUGGUCCAGGCAAGGUUACAGCCGGCAACAUUGUUGCUCGAAUGCUGAUUGAACGCUUUAAUGGGCGACUACCAGGUUAUGUUGGAUAUGGAAAUGAUAAAUGUUCUUUUAGUCAUGUUGAUGAUGUAGUGGAGGGGCAAAUAGCAGCAAUGAACAAAGGUCGACUGGGUGAAAGAUACUUACUUACAGGAGAAAAUGCAUCUUUCAAGCUUGUUUUCGACUUAGCUGCUGUCAUCACUGGAACAAAGAAGCCUUGGUUUAACAUUCCCAUAUGGGUGAUUGAUGUUUAUGGAUGGGCAUCGGUUCUUUUCGCUAGAAUAACAGGAAAGCUUCCUCUGAUCAGCCCCCCGACUGUGCAAGUUCUGAGACAUCAGUGGGCGUAUUCUUGUGAGAAGGCUAAAGUGGAGCUGGGUUAUAACCCUAGAAGCUUAAAAGAAGGUCUGGCGGAGGUACUUGCCUGGUUGAAGACCUUGGGCUCUAUAGAUUAUUGAAUGGAGGAGGAGAGCAACUUGCUGAUGGUUGUGUUGUUUCUGAUGUCAAUAUGGUGUCCAGAAAUAUAUGAGGUCUGCAGAUGGUGAUAUCAAUUGGAAAGUUCAGCAUGUCUGAGACUAUGCUUUGUUUUCUUUCCAUGAAAUAAAUGUAUUUGCUUCCGCUAUGGCAGAAGAAUAAUCAACAGCAAUUUUUCUUUAUAAAUCUUUAAUCUAGGUGCCUCCACAAAAUAUUCACCAAA